AGCUGACAGCAGCUCUGGUCCCACCUCGCUCGCGCUGACAGUCUCUCCGCGAGCGAGGCUCUGUGUGACGGCUUCAGUCAGCACUUCAGCCCCGGCGUCUUGUUCUUCGGACUUUCCAUUUUUAAAAAUAUCUCACCGUCUCGAGUGCGUUGAACACGUCACAAUUGACCUGAGCAACAGCAAGUGAACACGAAUUCUUUUUUUUCUCUUUUUCUUUUUUCCCGCGGGUCAACCAGUCUGUGUGUGUGGUUGACUGAAUUUGAGCGUCCAUCUCAGGUAGCCCAUUCACCGCGGUGUGUAACGCCAGGCUGCUUUUCAGUUCGUAUUUUAGCCCACUGGGUUCCGUUUUUGUGGAACCGUGAGCGGAACUUUUACCUGGAGGCUUUGGGCACUAGAAAGUCGUGUAGAGACCAGAAAACCUCCACUACUGACAGAAAAACGACGGAAGUUUCCCAACGGCAGUUGUUACCAAUGGAGCCCCGACUGAGAGAUAAUCUGAGGGUUUUGUUUGUCUUGAUCAUCUUCUCAGCAGGUUCAAGUGAACAUGACAUGGACUGGAGGUUCUGUGGCACCUGGCGUCAUGGCAAGGCCCCCCUGAUGCUGAACGUCAACCUGACCCCGGGCUGUAGCAACAUCUUUGUCUCGGCUAACCGGACUUCUCUGUCCAUCAACGGGCAGAUCACAGCUCAGUGUAGGCGGUCUGACAUGAUUUCCCUCGGGAAGUUUGGACUGGAGUCCCAGGAAAAAACUCAAUUCUGUCUGUACUGGGAGCCAUUACUGGACCAGUUGAAGCUGCAACUAGUUCAGAAAAAGAAGGUUAGAGGAGAGAACCUUAUUCUGUGCCAGCCUGCCAGAAUACAGGGCAACUGCUGCACUGAUCUGUCUCAAGGUCCCAACACAGAGAACGCAGCCUACGGCAUCAAGGAUGGAAUGGUCAACAAGGAUUUUAUCACAGACAAAAUAAUGACAGCUUACAGUUUUCAAGGAGCUCCCAUCAAAUGCAAGAAAUUAUGUGAUCAACAGAGCCAGGGAUCCUCCUCUGUCACCAUGGCUUCGGACACUGUGGGGAUGGCCAGGGCUCAGCAUCACUGCGCUCACAGCUCCGAGGUGGAGAUGAAAGAGGAUGGCAGAGGCUACAACGUCACAGCGCCUGCCACCAGAGGUGUAUCUACAGAAAUCACCACCACUGUCUAUCUCCCCCCUGCUUUAAAAAAAGCUGCAAAACUGAGAAGCAAAGUAGUCUGCACCUUCUUUAAAAACAACUCCUUGUUCCAGGACGGUCAUAAGCACAGGAUUCUUGAUGAUGUGGUGGAGAUCACUGUGGAGAACGAGGUGAUCAUUAAUCUGUCUGAGCCGGUCAGGAUUGGCUUUCACCAUGAUAAAAUGCAAUCAAGGAGAUGUGUUUCAUGGGACACCAGGACAGAUCCGUUACAGGUCAAUUGGUUGGAGGAUGGAUGCAAGACAGAACAGAAAGGAGCCAAAUACACCGAGUGUCUCUGUAACCAUCUCACUUACUUCACUGUACUAGUGCAAAUGGAGCCUCGACCAGUGCGCCACCUGCUGGCACUGACCUCCAUUACAUCUCUGGGCUGUGCUGUAUCUGUGAUCAGCUGUGUUGCUCUCAUCAUUUAUCUCUGCAGGAAGAGCAAGCGAUCAAAGGAGCAGUCCGUACCCAUCCACUUUGGCUUAGCCGUGUCUCUCGCCUUACUCAAUCUACUCUUCUUUCUCACUGGGGUCCUGGCCAAUGUGGGAGGGGAGAGUGUGUGCCCCUGGGUGGGGGCGGGCCUCCACUAUGCCCUACUCAGCUCCUUCACCUGGAUGGGCAUAGAAGUUUUCCACACCUUCUGGCUGGUCUACAUGGUUUUCAUCCCCCCCCCAAAGCCAUAUGUAUGGAACCUGGUUGGCUUCGUUCUCCCUGCUCUUCCUAUAAUCAUCCUGGCUGCAAUAGGUGACAUUUAUGGAGUGAGAAAGGUGGUGCCGAGCGAUGACGUCUCCAAUCCUUAUCUGAUGUGCUGGAUGAAAGAGAACCAUGAGGCCCUGCUCGCCCACUAUUUCACCACUAUGACAAUCCUGGCUGUCCUGGUGUUCUCGGGCGUUGUGAUGCUCUUCCUAGUCUACAAGGAGAUCCGCACCAGGGAUGAAUGGAGGCAGAACCGUGUGGCUUUUCUCAGCAUCUGGGGCCUCAGCUGCCUCUUUGGGACAACUUGGGGUCUGACCUUCCUGGACUUUGGUCCGCUCUCUGACUUUGUUCUCUUCCUCUCCUGCAUCCUCAACUCGUUUCAAGGUUUCUUCCUGAUGCUGCGGUUCUGCAUAGUGGACUGGAUACGGAAACAGGCUGGGGGCUCUGGUCUGGGAAGCACCAGCACCGGGUCUACCAGGCAACACAUGCUUCAGCCCCAGGAGAAGAGUUAGAUGGACUUAAAAACAGGUGGCACAUCAGAGCUGCAGGAGUCAAACAUUUCAUGUUAAAAUACAGUCAUCUCAUCAAAGUAAUUGACAAAAUGGAGAAACACGCACUGGUUGUGACACUGUAGAUUCACUGUUUCUACAGCUGAAAUGUAGUCGUCAGUUGUGGUAGCUUCUGGGAAAUUUGAGUGGAGUGUCGUUCUACAGCUGAAGAGUGACUCAAAACAGCAGUGAGCGAGCGUUCCACACAUCCUACACCUCUGAUUCUUCUGGUAUCCGCUGGUUUUAAACAUCACAGACCAGCUGGGUUGGU